AGCGCAACAGACGAGGAGAAAACUGGAACUGAGCCAGGAGGAAGAGGAAGAGAUUUUCCCCCAGGUCUCGUGUCAGAUUUUGUGUGUAUUUUCCCCCUUCCACCGGCGCAGUGGGUCGUUUGAGCUUGAGCGAGUAUCUUCUGCGCGGUUGGAGGGAGUUUUGAGGUUCUACGAGGAGGUGAUUUCGAAGCGCGGAGCAACAUGGGGGAAGAAAAGCGCCAUGAGAUGAUGGAGACAUUGUUCGGGGCGGAGUCCGAAGACUCCGAUGACGAGCCUGAGCCCGCCCGUCAAGCCAUUUCCGAUCAAGUAUCUGAUCGUUCUGAUAAAGAAGGGAGUUACGAAGAAGCCGAAGCGGAAGAAGUAGAUGGUGACGUUGAGGUAGAGGUCGAGGGGGAGGCAGAAAGCGAAGGGGAAAGAGGUGAGAGUGAUGCUGAGCGAGGAGCAAGUGAUGAAGAAGAAAGAGCUGACAGUGAUAGAGGGAGUGAGGAUGGGAGAGAAGUUGAGAGUGAAGGGGAACGUGACGGUGAAGUGGAGGUCAGCGCCAGUGGCUCUGAUCGUUCGCAUCAGGUCCAAAUUGCGGGAGAUUACGAAGAUGAGGAUGUCCAGGAAGAAGCUAGGGGCCAAAGCGAAGGCGAGGAAGAAGAGCAACAAGACGAUGAACCGAGGGAGAGGAUUGAAGUGGCAGAAGCUCGUGACGUGUUUGGUGAGUCAGAUGAAGAAGAUGAUCAAGAACCAGAACAAGAGCCGGAACAAGAAGCUGAAGAGCGUCGUAGCCCCGAGGAGAGUCUGCUGGGCAGUCCUGAGAGGGUUCGUUCGGACGACGAGGGAAGUGAAGGGGAUCCAGCUCGGGUUGAGGAUGUUGUUGGGGACGAUGAUCGUGAAGGUUCUGAUCGCUAUGAAUCUGAUGAUGAGCGGUAUAUUGAGCAGAAACCUGAGAAACCUAUGGGCCCUCCUAUAGAGCUUCAAGUUCCAUUGCGUCCACCACCAGGCAUGCCUGACCAGCUUAAUAUUGUUCGAAUGUCCAAUAUCAUGAACAUCGAUAUGAAGCCGUUUGAUCCCAAGACAUACGAGGCAGAGGAAAUGUUCACAACUGAUGUUGAAGGCAAGAAGCAACAUAUUAGGCUGGAAGAGAAUAUCGUGCGUUGGCGACCUGUUCACAAUCGAGACGGAUCUACCUCUUAUGAAAGUAAUGCGCGUUUUGUUAAGUGGUCGGAUGGCAGCAUGCAGCUGCUUCUGGGUAGUGAGGUCCUGGAUUUGUCGGUCCAAAAUGCUACUCAGGACCAGUCUCAUCUCUUCCUCCGCCAUCCCAAGAGCAUUUUACAAUCUCAAGGCCAAGUUUUAAGGAAGAUGAGGUUCAUGCCAUCGUCCUUGACCUCUAAAUCACAUCGUUUACUCACUGCGCUAGUGGACUCUAAGCAUAAGAAAGUUUUCAAGGUCAAGGCUGUUAUCACUGAAACUGACCCAGAGAAGGAGAAACAUGAAAAAGAGAAGCAAGCUGAGCAGCGUAUUAGGAAUAAGGAAGAUCUUCAACGAAAGCAGGAGAAGUUAGGCCGCAGAUACGAACCUCCUAGGCCGCGUGUGAUAGAACGUGAGCGUGGGCUAUCUCCUGGUUAUUUAGAAGAUGCUUUGGAAGAGGAGGACGAACCAGACCAGUACGAUAGACGUUCUCGCCGGUAUCAAGAUCAGUUAGAACAAGAACAACGCGCUGAGAGAAGAAUUAUGCAUGCUAAGCGGCAAGCACCUGCGAGACCACCUCCCAGCAGACCUGCGAACAGGCGUCCGCUUCCUAAGGAUGACUUCCUGGACGAUUCCUUUGACGAUGAAAGUGACAGAGAGCCAUCAGCACAGGAGAGUGAUCACAACGACGAUCUAGUGGGUGGGGCAUGGGAAGAGGAGGAUGAUGAAGACGAGGAGGAAGAAGAGUUAAGGCCACCUAGCAGGGGCAAAGCUGUAGAGCGUGAGGUUAGCACUAUUCUUUUGACACUGCUAGUAUUAAUAUUCUACUGGAGAGAAGACGUGGAGAUCGUGAGGAAGAUGAUAGGAAGCGGAAGAGAGACAGGGAAGAGCGAUCUCCGUCUCCAGCGAAGAAAGCAAUGUCUCGUAGAAGAGUCGUUGUCAGUGACAGUGAAGAUGACGACUGAUGUACCUCUCAGUAGUCUCUUCCUCUUUCCACCUUGUUGUGGUUGUAUGAUAUGGUGAAUUUCUGGAGAGGUGCCUUGAAGUAUGGACACUAGUGCAACAGCAGAAUCACUUUUUGAGCUGAUGACAUGUCGAACGAUUCAUGCUGCUGCUCAGCGAUCGUGUAGUCGUGGUACAGCAUCCGCAUAUUUUCCUAGAUUGGUUACAUCAAUGCGCUUGCAGGUUUCUUUGAGAUUUGUCCCGUAAGUUGUGAUUGGUAAUUGCAGAACAUAAGUCGAGCAUUACUUUUGGUGCUUUACAGAAGUCUAACUCAACUGCUUAACAUUGAAUAUAAUUUCUAUUUAUACACAUGUAUGUGUGUGCCGACUCAGUA